UAGCUGGGAAAUCGUUCUUUACAAGGCUAGAGCCAAGGGCGGGGAUGGAGUAAACUCACACAGGCAGAACUGGGUAGAGGUUACAGGCAGUUUGCUUGUUUUACAGCAAACCUUCCCCCACAGCCGCCUGACAGUUCCUGUGGGGUUAUUUUCUUCAUCACUCCCCUCUGAGCCCCCACAACCCCCGCCCUCCUGGCCACAACACUCCCACGCCACCGCUGCAGCUGCCAAAGUUAGUUCCUCUGAAGAAAACAGCUUCCCCACGGCCCCGGCCAGUGGUGAGCGACCUAUGGUGCUGAGGUGAGGGGAGCCGGCUUCCCCUGGGAUUUACACCAUUUGCAAGAGGGAGAACCCCAGCGCUUUGCCCUGGCACUCAACUAGCUGGCACUUGUCCACCAUGGCACGGUUCGUGACAGUGCAGAGAGCCCAUCUGAAGGGGCCUAUCCUAAGGCUGAGGUACAUGGUGAAGCAGCUGGAGAAUGGCGAGGUGAACAUCGUGGAGCUGAAGAAGAACUUGGAGUACACAGCUUCACUGCUAGAGGCCGUCUACAUUGAUGAGACCAGGCAAAUUCUGGACACAGAGGAUGAGCUGCAGGAGAUCAAGUCGGACGCGGUGCCGUCAGAGGUGCGGGACUGGCUGGCCUCCACCUUCACCCAGCAGACCCGCGCUAAGGGCCGGCGCUCCGAGGAGAAGCCCAAGUUCCGCAGCAUCGUCCAUGCUGUGCAGGCCGGCAUUUUCGUUGAGAGGAUGUUCCGCCGGACGUACACAGCUGUGGGGCCUAACUACUCCACCUCUGUCAUCAACUGCCUGAAGACCCUGGACCUGUGGUGCUUCGACGUGUUUGCGCUGAGCAGAGUGACGGAGGAGCACGCCCUGCGCACCAUUGUCUUUGAGCUGCUCACCAGACACAACCUCAACAGCCGCUUCAAGAUUCCCACUGUGUUUUUAAUGACGUUACUGGACGCGCUGGAGGCUGGCUAUGGGAAAUACAAGAACCCCUACCACAAUCAGAUCCACGCAGCUGACGUGACCCAGACUGUGCACUGCUUCCUGUUGCGCACUGGCAUGGUGCACUGUCUGACGGAGAUUGAGGUCCUGGCCAUCAUCUUCGCAGCUGCCAUCCACGACUAUGAGCACACGGGCACCACCAAUAGCUUCCACAUUCAGACCAAGUCUGACUGUGCCAUCCUGUACAACGACCGCUCGGUGCUGGAGAACCACCACAUCAGCGCUGUCUUCCGCAUGAUGCAGGAGGAUGAGAUGAACAUCUUCAUCAAUCUGGCCAAGGAUGAGUUUGGGGAGCUGCGGUCCCUGGUGAUUGAGAUGGUCCUGGCCACAGACAUGUCUUGUCACUUCCAGCAGGUCAAGUCCAUGAAAACCUCCCUCCAGCAGCUGGAGAGGAUCGAUAAAUCGAAAGCGCUGUCGCUGCUGCUGCAUGCAGCCGACAUCAGCCACCCCACCAAGCAAUGGAGCGUCCACAGCCGCUGGACCAAGGCUCUGAUGGAGGAGUUCUUCAGACAGGGGGACAAGGAGGCUGAGCUGGGCCUGCCCUUCUCUCCGCUCUGUGAUCGCAAGUCCACGCUGGUGGCCCAGUCCCAGAUCGGUUUCAUUGAUUUCAUCGUGGAGCCCACUUUCUCGGUGCUGACGGACGUGGCGGAGAAGAUCGUCCUCCCGCUGGUGGAGGAAGGCUCCAAGUCUAAGUCCUCCUCCAGCCAGCAGAGCAGUUCCCAGUGGAAGCAGCCGUCCCUAGAUGAGCAUUCAGAGCUGGGCGACAUCAACGCUGACAUCACCAGCUUCCGCUCCACAUGGACCAAAUACAUCCAGGAGAACAAGCAGAAGUGGAAGGAGCGAGCGGCCAGCGGGAUCACUAACCAGACAUCCAUUGAUGAGCUGUCACCGUGCGAGGAGGAGCCACGUGUGCCCGAAAACCAGCACAAUCAGAACGGCGAUGUGGAAUAGCACAGUCUGCGAGGGAGAGAGGUCCCUUUUCCAACUGAAUGAUGCAGUUUAGUCCAAAGUCUUCGAUGCCAUCGAAAUCAGCACCAUCGCAGGAGGAGCCGCCCCAGGCCGGAGGGCGAGUGGGAACAACCAUUGCCAAGAUAUAAAAAUUAGUGUAAACCUUAGAGUCAAGGGAAAUCCUGAUGUCACCGAGCACAUGGCCUGAACCCAUCAAACCCUCCCUCACUGCCACGGUCCCGGAGCCCUGGCCUGGCCAGGCCAGUCACCCGCCCCCCAAGCCAGGUACUACAGGCCCCUGUUCCAUCUGCCUUCCUGCCCCACCACUUCAGCUGGGGCUAUAAGAGACGUCUCACUGCCCAGCCAGCAAACGCCCGGGGCUGCGGGGCCAGGGCUUUGCCUGUGUCUUUUUAAAGGAUUUGUUCUCUGGAUUCUCAAUGAGUCAGACACUGGGAUGAUUGAGGAGUGGAGGCUUCAGGGUGAUCCACGGGGCUGUGGGAGGAGUUUGGGGGAGAAUGUGGGGGGGGGCAGACUGGUCACUUGGGGAAUUGUGGGCUCCAGCAGUGCCCCCAGGGCGUGGCACAGCUGCUUACCUGCCCACUGGAGCCAGGAUGGAUGACCGCUACACAAUACCUGUCUGGGGUGACGUCUACAUCCCCCAAACUCAGAGCCCCAGGGCCUACCCUUAGCACAGAGCGUGGGCUGGGUCACCCCUCAUACCCCCAGACAGACACACCCACUCCUCACAGGCCAGAAUCUCUUCCCCGUCUGCAGUGGGGUCCCUGCAGAGAAGGGUCUGGCCUCCAGUGGCAAACCCUGCUGACUUGCAGCCCCAAUAUGUAUCUACCCGGAGCCCAACCCCCUUUCCCAGGGCUCCCCUCCAAUUUGAUUGGGUCAGGGCCCACUCAGUUUCCCAUGGGGAUCCCAGGAGCUCCCUGGAGAUGUCAUGGGGCUGACAGUUACAGUGUGUUUGUUCUGUGUCACCUUGCACAUGGGGCCUUGCAGCGUGACGGGCGGCUCCACUGGUCACAGGGCAGGGAGUGUACACUCUUUUGCCUGGAUAAACACUUGCUAAACAGUAAAGGAGCCAGGUACAUGCUCCACAAUAAGGCCAGGUGAAGCCACGUCUCCCUGGCGUGCAGGAUAAUAAACGGAACUGAGACAAGGGCUUCCCAAGGUCUCGCCACCCCCGCACCGCUCCAUGCUGUGUCUCUCCCUAGGCUGCGGAGCCAGACAUGUCACUGCUCCCCAGUGCCCCUGAGCGACAUGCGUGGAAGGAUGGGCAGGGGCAGGUGCAUUCACCCUCCACCCCGUGGGCUGGAAUGACCAUAACAGAGCAGAGUGUUCCUCUGAUCCAGGUCCCGUGGCUGCAGGGGGGCUCCAGAGCAGGCCCCUUAGCACACCUGGCUGUUAACAGGACUUGGCUCCCAAGCGCAGGGUGGCCUGGAGCAAACUCCACGGCCCCACUCCCACCUUGCAGCACAGGGACGGUUUUUCUGGAAGGGGGCACGUUUGAACCCUGCGCUCUGGGCCUGCUCUGGUCACACAUGCAAUGACUGUGGCAGUCUCAGCUUACAACUGUUAACUCAGCUGAGUUGCUGUGGGUUGUGGUGCAGCAGGAUUCAGCAAGCGCCACAGGAGCCAGCAGCUCUAAGGGCAUUGGCAGAGCUGGGGGCGGGGGGCAGGAUGAGAAUAGCAGGAGCUGGGGGGCUGGGCGCCCUAGAGGGGCUAGAAAGGGAAUGACGAAUAGGUUGUGCUAGACUAGCAUUGGCAGAGCUGUGUGUGGGGAGCCCAGGGCUCAGAGAGCAGGGAGUGCAGGUUGGGAUUGAGGGGCACCGGUAGAGCAGUGACUGCGGAGCUCAGGGCUCAGAUACCAGGGGGCUGCAG